AUGGCACAGGAUGGAGUACCACAAGUACCGCAAGAUCCUAACAUGGUGAUUCUUCAAGCAAUUCAAGGAAUGAUGGAAAUGAUGAUGGAAGAUAGACAAGAAAGGAGAGCGCAACAACAAAGAGAAGAACGAGCCUUACAAGAAGAUGAUGCGUUUGACCUUGCUGAACAAGAAAGACAAGUUGGAGGAAGAAGAAAUGGGAGAGGAAGAGGACGAAAUAACUUUGCCAACGUCAUGCAACCUAGAAGAUUGGAAAGAUUAAAUGAAAAUAGRGAUGRCGGAGUUAAACUMAARAUUCCACCCUUUAGURGAACGGYGGACCCCGAUGCUUACUUGCAAUGGGAAAGGAAGAUAGAACAUGUGUUUGAUUGCUAUACAUAUAGUGAGAAUACGAAGAUGAGACUCGCCAUUGCUGAAUUCACCAAUCAUGYCGGUGAAUGGUAUCAAAAUCUCAAAUUAGAAAGAAGAAGGAAGGAGRAGGAUCCAUUAGACACUUGGGAAGAACUCAAAGAAGCCAUGAGAAGGAGGUACGUUCCAAAACACUAUGAAAGAGAUUUGAAAACUAAACUGCAAGCUUUGAGGCAGGGAACGAAAAGUGUUGCUGAGUAUUAUCAAGAGAUGGAGACCUUAAUGCUAAAAACCCAAAUCCGAGAAGAAGAGGAAGACACCAUGUCUAGAUUCCUUGGAGGUUUGAAUCGAGAAAUUGCUCAUGCUGUUGAUAGAAAUCCACCGCCUUACCUAGAAGAUAUGUACCAUUAUGUUGUCAAAAUUGAAGAUCAAUUGAAGGAAGAAAAGGAGUAUUCAAAAAGGUACACAUCUAAAGCUAAUACAUAUUCCAAUUCUAAUGCUUGGAACAAGGCUGGUUUUGUGAAUAGGAAUGAAUCAUUGCAACCAAAAGAAAAGUUCGUAGCUGCCAAAAGAAUGGAGGGAGAAAGUUCCAAUACUAAAAGGAAUGAAGCUCCAAAGGAGGUAAGGGAAAAGACUAGUUCUAUUCAAUGUUGGAAGUGCAAAGGGUUUGGACACAUGAGUAAAGAUUGUGUCAAUAAAAGAGUUAUGGUGAUAAGAAAUGGUGUAGUUGACUCGGAUGAUGAUUGUGAGGAACAUGAUGAAGAAUUUGAAGAACGUGAUGAAGAGUAUAUUGAAGAAGGUAACUUCAUAUCCUUGAUAACAAGAAGGGUACUUAGUGUACAAAUCAAGGAAGAGAAAGUUGAAGAUCAAAAGGAAAACUUGUUUCACACAAGAUGCUUAAUUGAAGGAAAUCCGUGUAGCUUGGUGAUUGAUAGUGGAAGUUGCACAAAUGUGGUAAGUAGUUUUCUUGUUAAGAGACUUCAACUUGCUACACGUCCACAUCCAAAACCAUACAAACUUCAAUGGUUGACAAACAAAGGAGAACUAAAGGUAAACUCCCAAGCUCUUAUUCCUUUUACAUUGGGAAGAUACAAAGAUGAAGUCCUUUGUGAUGUUGUCCCUAUGAAUGCGGGGGAUAUACUAUUGGGCCGACCAUGGCAAUAUGAUAGAGAGGUCACAUAUGAUGGACUGUUGAACAAGUAUAGUUUUACUUUGAAAGGAAAGAAAUUUACUUACUUCCGUUGUCUCCAUUUGAAGUACAUUGUGACCACUUGA